CAGCACCUCAACCACCUCUUCGCCCCACCACCCCAAAAAACCCAAGCCCCAGCGACCGCGCCAUGGCCGCCGAGCUCCUACUCCUGCUCCUCCUCGCCCUGGUCCCACCCAUCGCCCUCCUCGCCGCGCUCGCCUUCCUGGCGCGGCCCCGCGGCGCGCGGGUCCCGCUCAGGGGCCGGCACGUCUUCAUCACGGGCGGGUCCAGCGGCAUCGGGCUGGCCCUGGCCACGGCCGCCGCCAGGGAGGGCGCGCGGGUCUCCAUCCUCGCGCGCGACGCCGCGCGGCUCGAGGCCGCGCGCGCCGCCAUCAGGGCCGCCACGGGCCAGGACGUCGCGGUCCACGCGGCCGACGUCCGGGACGCCGCCGCCGUGGCGCGCGCGCUCGGGGAGGCCGGCGCCGUCGACGUGCUCGUCUGCAACCACGGCGUGUUCGUCGCCAAGGAGCUCGAGGAGCAGGACAUGGAGGAGGUCAGGUGGAUGGUGGACAUCAACCUCAUCGGCACCUUCCACCUCGUCAAGGCCGCGCUCCCCGCCAUGAAGGCGCGCACCCGCGAGACGGGCCUCCCGGCGUCCAUCGCCAUCAUGUCGUCGCAGGCUGGCCAGGUUGGCGUUUACGGGUACACGGCUUACUCUGCGAGCAAGUUUGCGCUAACUGGACUGGGCGAGUCGCUGCAGCAUGAGGUCAUUUCGGACAAUAUUCACGUCUCGUUGAUUUUCCCUCCUGACACGGAUACACCGGGUCUUGUUGAGGAGCAAAAAAGUAGGCCAGAGGUUACCAACAUUAUAGCAGGAUCAUCUGCUGGAAUGAAGGCUGAUGAUGUCGCUAAGAAGGCUUUGAACGGCAUCAAAUCUGGAAGGUUUAUCGUGCCCUGCAAUUUUGAGGGAGCAAUGUUGGCUAUAGCCACUUCUGGUCUGACCCCCCAGAGUUCACCGUUAAUUUCAUUCCUGGAGGUGAUCGGUGCUGGACCUAUGAGAUUUCUAGGACUGUGUUUCCAGUUCAAUUGGUUCUCUAUUAUUGAGAACUGGUACGCCAAGAACAAGAAGCAUGCAUGAAAACCAAGCCAAUCCUAGGAUCCGUAGAUUUACUGGAGUUUACAGUGUAGCACAAAUGAGUUUUUUUUAUUUAGAUAAAAGAUGGGCGGAAUAUAGCACUAAUGAGUUACCUUUUUACUAGCCCCUGAAAUGAAUGUACAAUGGGGAUAAACUGGAGAUUUCUCCCUUCUUUUCAGCAAUAAAUCACAGCACGGCACUAAUAUUUUGGGUGAUGA